AUGUCAUCGAACUUGAACGCCGGCGUGACGGCACCAGCCUACGUCGACGGCCGCCGAGCAACCAAGGAGACACGCUUCCCAGACACGCCGCCCUUUCAGCGUGCCUUUGCGCCCUCUCGCUAUGAGGCGACGAUCGAAGAGGUCGAAACCGUUGGUGAGAUUCCAGAUGCCAUCAACGGAAUCUACUUCAGCAUGCAGGUGGAUCAUCACAUGCCACCCAUGUUUGAGGAGGAUAUCCUGUUCAAUGGCGAUGGCUGCGUUAGCUCGUUUCGCAUCGCCAAUGGACAUGUCGACUGGAAACGUCGGUAUGUGCGCACCGAUCGCUUCAAGGCGGAGUCGCAGGCACGCCAAGCCCUAUUCGGAAGGUAUCGUAACCCAUACACAGACGAUGAGUCGGUCCGCGGUGUCAUCCGGACAGCUGCCAACACCAACAUUGUGUUUUGGCGUGGGGUUAUGCUCGCUCUGAAGGAAGACGGCCCACCAUUCGCCUUGCACCCCACGACGCUGGAGACUCUCGGCCGCUACGACUUCGAGGGUCAGGUGCUCGCGCCUGUAUUCUCAGCGCACCCCAAGUUCGACCCCGCCACCGGGGAGAUGCUUUCCUUUGGCUACCAGGCUGGCGGGGAUGGCAACUGUGCCUCCCGCGAACUCGUCUACUACUCGAUCAACGCGGACGGCGUAAAGAACCACGAGGCCUGGUUCGAGAUGCCAUACGCGGGUUAUAUCCACGACUUCUCUUUCACCGACGACUGGAUCAUCUUUCCGCUCACGCCGUUGAAGGCCGAUCUCGAGAGAAUUAAGAAGGGUGGCAACUAUUAUGCCUGGGACCCGGAAGAUUGUGGGUACUUUGGCAUCGCACCCAGGAGUAAGCCAUCACGCGAAGAUAUCGUAUGGGUCCCCACCAAGAAUUGCUUCCAGGGCCACAUCGCCGGAUCGUACCAAACGGACAAUAACCGGUUAGUACUUGACCUUUCGAUGGCCAAUGACAACGUUUUCUGGUGGUUCCCGCCCGACGGCCAAGCCGCUCAGCGCAAACCUACAACCAGUCCCAUGUCUAGAUAUAUCUUUGACCUGGCCAAACUUUCCUCGACCAAGGUUAUUGAGCCGAGCGAGACGGUCCACGAAAUUGUCGAGUUUGCUCGCAUCGACGAUCGUUUCUUAGGCAAGCCCUAUCGCUAUUUCUGGGCCGUCAGCGCAGACCCUUCCAAGCCUUACGACAUGGAGAGGUGUGGGCCUCCAAUCACCGGUGUCUGGAACACGCUGAUUGGCUACGACUGGGAGUCUGGCGCAGAGCAGUCGUGGUACGUAGGGGCGACUAGCACACUAGAGGAGCCCUGCUUUAUCCCUGCGUCCCCUAACGCACGAGAAGGCGAUGGCUACCUAGUCGUGGUCAUCGACCGACUGGAUGAGAUGCGACAGGACCUCGCCAUCUUCAAGGCCCAAGAAGUCUCCGUUGGUCCGAUUGGAUUGAUUCGUCUACCGCUGAGGCCGAGAAGGGGGUUCCAUGGCAACUUUGUGGAGUGGAAAGACAUUGAUGAUUACAUGAGGCGCGGGGGCAGGGUGGCGACCUGGGACCUACGAAGACGGCGCAGAGGCCUUUGCCUUGGCAACUUGAACUCGAGCGGGGUAAAGAAUGAGCUGGAGGGCUAG